CCUACAUGGACGUGUCGGGCUCCUCGCACAAGUCCACCGCCUCGUCGCCGGGGGAUCUGUUCAUCGAGCAGCAGGCGCAAAGCAUCCUGCACAGACAUGGCCCUAGCUGGUCACUGCAGACUGACCGGGAGGGGGACACCCAGUCCCUCAUCAACUGGCCCUCCAGAAUCCGUGGCAGGGAGCGUGUUGGCUCUCGCGAGCCGCACACACACACCUCACCUGGCCCCGCGACCACCUCCGCACCCGCGCACCGGGCCGCCUUGCCCUCGGACUCCUACCUGUCCAUGACCCGCGGAGCGCGGGACCAGGAAGACGGCGGCGGCGGCGGUGGCGGUGGCGGUGAGCCGAUGACCGGUCAGACGGCAGCGGACGGAGCCCCGACAGAGGUCCAGACGCAGGGCCUGCUGCGCAGCCGCAAGGCCGUCCUCCCCUCGGAGGUGCGUCGGCGCGAGCGAAGCGUGGACGAACCCCGGCGUCGCCCCUCGUCCCCGACCGGCCAACAUCACCACCACCACCACCAACAACAACAACAACACCAUCGCGUCGCCGCGGGAACCGAAUCCGAGACGACCGCCGGCGGUCCGCAGUCGUCGACGUCCGCCAGAGAGGCCAGGGGCAGAGCAGACGCCCAGGGAUACCCGCCGCAUGGCCACACACACACACACUCCCACGCCCCCGCGUUCACACACACCGUGCCUCACGUCCCAGGACACACGUGGCAGCCGCAGCAGCAGCAGCAGCCGCCCAGAGCCCUGGAGGAGAGCGCUCCCCCUGGGUACACACACCACCACCACCACCAACACACACACCCUCCCACACACACCUGGCAGCCUCAGCAGUCCAGAGGCUCGGAGGAUGGCGCUCACCGCGCGCACACACACUCUCAGCAGCACGCGGACACACACCGCGCGCGGUCGCACUCCCCCACGGAGGGUCUGGAGGACCCGGAGACUCGUCUGUCCGUGGCCCAGCUACGCAGCUCCUUCCUGCAGGGAAACAGUGCCCCCUACCAGCGCAAGGAGGAACUCGACGACGACCAAACGGAGGCGUCGCCUGCCGCUCUGGCCCCGGCUGCGGCGCCGUGGAGAUCAGACAGGGCGGGGCGUCGCCCCCGGCGAUACAUCUCGCCCACCGAGUCUAGAAAGAGCUCGGAGAGGUUUAGGACCCAGCCGAUCACUUCUUCUGAACGGCAGGAUUCCGAUAGGUCUGCUGUGAGCCCGGAACCUUCCACUGGUGAAGUGGAUGAUGAGAAGGUGGACGAGAGGGCUAAGAUGAGCGUGGCCGCCAAACGAUCUCUAUUCCGGGAGCUGGAGCGUAGCGUGGAAGGCGGUGCUCCAAAGCCGUGGCCAAGUCGUAACGCAGCCGUGGAGCGCAGGCUGAGAAGAGGGCAGGACCGAUCACGCACCCAGCCAAUCACCACCGAGGAGGUGGUCAUCGCUGCCACCCUGCAGGCGUCAGCGCAGCACAGCCGAGAGGCGCGCCAGGCCCGUGAGCAGCAGGAGCAGCGUGAGGCCCAGGCUCAGGUCCAGUCCCAGGUCCCACCCCAGGUCCCACCCCAGGUCCAGUCCCAGGCCGUCUCUCCGGACUUGGUCAGCGACGAGCCAGACCUGUCCACGCUCAGCCUGGCGGAGAAGAUGGCGCUGUUCAACCGGCUGGCACAGCCCGCAUCUGGCGUGCCCCGCGGCCGUGGAGACACUCGGGCACGCCGCAGCAACGCCCGCUACCAGACCCAGCCCAUCACCCUGGGGGAGGUGGAGCAGGACAGUUUCUCUGAUUCUGAUCUGAGUGACUUGGUGGUUGAGGUGUCAGACGACGAACUUGAACACCUGCAGAGCGGUUCUAACGCAGGUUCCAAGUUCUCCUCGGCACUCCAGCACACCACCGUCUCCACGGCGCACGCCGGCGACCUCCAGCUGGCCUCUGCUGCCCCCAAUGGUAGCGGUGGGUACUACGAGCGCACCGCCCCAGCCCACGGACCUCCAGCCCCACAAGGGCCUCUGGACCGGACCCCAGCCCAGGCGGAGCAGCCGUCCCUGGGCGGCAGCAGCAAGCGGACGCUCCCCUCUCCGGAGACCAGCGUCAGACAGCCUGCUCUCCCCCAGCCCACGUAUACACACGUGCAGCCUGCGGCUUACACACAGGCACCCGCUCACAGCCGUGCCACAGAGCACCUGACAAGGGCAAAGGCUAAAGGGUCAGACCUUCCGGAGCUCACAGCGUCAGUGCGUUCGGUGGAGGCCCCAUCGCAGCAGCAGCAGCAGCAGCAGCAGCAGCCUCCCAGCAGCAGGCACGCACACACACACACACACCCUGCUCACACACACAUACAGCCCGCAGCACAGCAGCUGCAGCAACAUCAGGAGCCCGCGUGGCACACAGACGGAGGGAGAGACAGAGAGAGAGACAGAGAGAGGGAGCGAGAGAGGGAGCGAGAGAGGGAGCGAGAGAGGGAGCGAGAGAGGGAGCGAGAGAGGAGAGAGGAGGAGGACGACGAGGACGAGAGAGACACAGACGUCCAGACGGCAGAUGAGCUCGAAGACGUCAUGUCUGCCAGACAGAUGUCCAUCAAAGAGAGGCUGGCCCUCCUGAUGAAGAAUGGCGAGGAUGACUGGAGGAACCGCAUCAACAAGAAACAGGAUGUGGUGCGGGUGGCCAUCUCCGAGCGCCACGCCCAGCUCUGGGAGGUGGAGCAGAGCUUCAAGAAGAAGGAUGGAGGGAUGAUGAUAGAUGACUUUGCAGUGUCUGACCAGCUCUGGGAUCCUGUCUUCUCCUCUGCCCUCUCCCUCACUGACGAUAGCCAGGUGGGCUUUGCUCCUCCGGGCCAGGCGAGCCCCCCCUACUCUCCCCUCAUGGAUGAACGUCACCCCUGGAGACGGAAGAGGAUUGGGGAAGAGGUGGAUCGGGUUGAGAUGAGCAUUCAGGAGCGCAAACGGCUCAUCUGUGAACAACAGGAGGCAUCCAGGGUCAAAGGUCACGGAGUUGCCAACGACUCCACGCAGUUCACUGUGGCCGCACGCAUGGUCAAGAAAGGUUUGGCAGACCCUACCGCACUGAGUUCCCCUGCACCUGCUGUCCUGACCUCAAAGAACAAGAACCACACACAUCCUAUCAAGCCACAAGAGGAGAUUGAGGUCAGGGGGAAUGUGACUGUGGAAUCAGACAAGAAAUUGGACAAGCUGGAGUCUUUCCUUGACAGGCUCAACAACAAAGUGGGUGGUCUGCCAGAGUCCAUGCUCACCGUGACUCCGAAGGGUGUGAAGGAGGUGAUGCAGCUGGACGACGAGGUCUUCUCCAAGUUCUACACACACACGCAGCAGAUCAGCGCACACUCCGCCGCCGUGGAGUUCAGCGGCGACUUCGACGCCAUCUUCGAUCCACACACUCCCAAGUUGACGUCCGAGAUGGUGCAGCACAAGCGGGCGGUGCGGCCGCUGAAGAAGGUGCAGUCGUCACGGAACCCGCUCAAGAUGCUGGCCGCCAGGGACGACAUCCGGCACGAGUACACCGAGCACCGGCUCAACAUCGGCCUGCUGGAGAGCAAGAGGAUGAAGCAGGACAAGAUGAAUAAAGGCUCUGGUUUCUCGGACGUGGCGCUGGCCGGCCUGGCCAGCAAGGAGAACUUCAGCAACGUGAACCUGCGCAGCGUCAACGCGUCCGAGCAGACCAACAACAGCGCCCUGCCCUACAAGAAGACCAUGCUGGUGCAGGUCAAAGGUCGUCGUCAUGUGCAGACGCGUCUGGUGGAACCCCGGGCCUCGUCUCUGAACAGCGGAGACUGCUUCCUGCUCAUCACCCCACACCACUGCUUCAUCUGGAACGGAGAGUUCGCCAAUGUCAUCGAGAAGGCCAAGGCUGCCGAGCUGGUACAGUUUAUCCAAACGAAGCGUGACCUUGGCUGUCGGGCGUCGUCUGUCCAGACUAUUGAUGAGGGCUCGAACACAAACAGUCAUGCGUCUAGAGACUUCUGGAAGAUUCUAGGAGGCCAGAGCAGCUUCCAACCGGCUGGCCCCCCGGAGGAGGAUGAGUUGUAUGAGAGUGCCAUAGUGGAGACCAACUGUGUGUAUCGGCUGGUGGACGACAAGCUGCAGCCUGACGACGACUUCUGGGGCCGAGUCCCACGGUGCAGCCUGCUGCAGUCUAAAGAGGUGCUGGUGUUUGACUUUGGCAGUGAGCUGUACGUGUGGCAUGGGCGUGAGGUGACGCUGGCCCAGAGGAAGGUGGCCUUCCAGCUGGCCAAACACCUGUGGAACAGCAGCUUCGACUACACCACCUGCGACAUCAACCCCCUCGACCCGGGGGAGUGCAACCCACUCAUCCCCAAGAAGGGCCAGGGUCGUCCUGACUGGGCAGUAUUUGGGCGCCUGACUGAGCACAACGAGACAACUCUGUUCAAGGAGAAGUUCCUGGACUGGACACAGAAAGCGCCAAGCAACCAGCAGAAUACAGACAACAAGGAGCAGUGCAGUCCGGAGCUCAAACCGUACGACGUCUCCGUGAUGCUAGCGGCCCCGCGAGCCCCCGUGCGGACGCUAUUGGACGGCACGGACGUGGGGCGGGGCUACGGCAUGGUGGACGGCGAGGACGGCCGCAGCUUCGAGGUCAGCACGCUGGGGGUGGAGGCCUGGCACAUCCUGGAGUUCGACUACAGCCGCCUGCCCAAGCAGAGCGUGGGCCAGUUCCACGAGGGAGACACCUACGUGGUCAAGUGGAAGUACAUGGUCAGCACAGCAGUGGGGAAGCGUCUGAAUUCCGAGCGUGUGGUGGGUCCAGGGAAGGAGCGCUGUGUGUACUUCUUCUGGCAGGGCCGCAGCUCCAGCAUCAACGAGAAAGGAACGUCCGCACUCAUGACCGUUGAGCUGGACGAGGAGAGAGGAGCACAGGUCCAGGUGUUACAGGGGAAGGAGCCACCGUGUUUCCUGCAGUGUUUUAAUGGAGGCAUGAUUCUCCACUCAGGAAAGAGAGAGGAGGAGGAAGAGAACUCCCAGAAUGACUGGCGUCUGUACUGUGUGCGUGGCGAGCGGCCCAUAGAGGGCCACCUGCUGGAGGUGGCGUGCCACUGCAGCUCCCUGCGCUCGCGCGCCUGCAUGGUGCUGCUCAACGUCACGCGCGCCACACUCUACCUCUGGCACGGCUGCAAGACGCAGACACACACGCGCGAGGUGGGACGCACCGCCGCCAACAAGAUCAAGGAGAGGUGUCCUCUGGAGGCGGGACUCCACUGCAGCAGUAACGUGAACAUUCAGGAGUGUGAGGAGGGCUAUGAGCCAACCGGCUUCUUCGAUGCCCUCGGGGGGCGGGACCGACGCGCCUACGACUGCAUGCUGCAAGAUCUGGGGAAGUUCCGCUUCACCCCGCGCCUGUUCCAGCUGAGCAGCAGUUCUGGGGAGUUUGUGGCUCAGGAGCUGCUGUGUCCAUUCAGAGUGUCGGGCCAGACCAACGCACUGCCCUUCCUGCAGGAGGACCUCUACACAGCACCCCAGCCAGCGUUGUUCCUGGUGGAUAACCAUCACGAGGUGUACCUGUGGCAGGGCUGGUGGUCCGAGGCCAGCGAGAGCACCGGCUCCGCACGCAUCCGCUGGGACGCCGACAGGAAGUGCGCCAUGGAAACGGUCCUCCAGUACUGCAAAGAGAAGAAUGAGGUGAAGCCUCCUAAGUCGUACCUGAUCCACGCAGGGCUGGAGCCCCUCACCUUCACCAACAUGUUCCCCUGCUGGGAGCACAGACCUGACAUCGCUCAGAUCACUGAGAAGGAAGCAGAGGUGUGCAAUCAGAUCAUCCUAGUGGAGGAUGUCCUGGCCCGCCUCUGCAAAGCUACCUACCCAUUGGCCGAUGUGUUGGCCCGCCCCCUUCCAGCAGGCGUUGACCCACUGAGACUGGAGAUCUACCUAUCAGACGAAGACUUUGAGAAAGCACUGGAGAUGACGAGGAGUGAGUAUGAAGCACUGCCGGCAUGGAAGCAAGUGAAGAUGAAGAAAGCCAAAGGAUUGUUCUGAUGGACAUCAAGACAUUGAGACAGAAUGAGUGUGUGUGUCUGUGUAUAUGUGUGUUUGUGUGUGUGUGUGUGUGUGUGUGUGUGUGUGUGUGUGUGUGUGUGUGUAUGAGUGUGUGUGGGUGGGUGGGUGUAUGCACCAGCUUGUAUAUGAGUCCUGACUUGUCGCUCAUCAAGGCGGUUUGAAAGUCAGACCGGGACCUUUUAGCAUGUGACCUUUGAACUUUGACCUGGAUGGAUUAGUGGACUUGCACAGAAUCGGACACUUCUGUGUAGCCUGGAAGCGAGGGAGCAAAGAAGGAAUCAAGAAGAGGAGAGAGAGAAAGAGAAGGUGAUCAGAGAUGGAGGUGUGCCAGCCUCUUGAAAAGUUUUGUCCUUUUGUUCUGUUUGGUCUGUUGUUUUUUUCUUUUUCUUUCCUUCCUAUUUGUAGCAGAGUGAAAACUUAGUGCAUUUGUGUGAGUGAGUGAGUGAGUGAGUGAGUGAGAGAGAGAGAGAGAGAGAGAGA